AUGGGACGCCACCUCUCCAAAGGGAAGUAUCAAAGGGUCGGGAAGGGCCGCUGGCGAAAGCCCCCCAAUACUGCCCUCUCCUGGAUCCUGAUUUUCCCCAUGAGCAUCACCGAAGACCACAAGAUCCAGCUGAUGUAUGGCAUGGCAGGUGUGGGUGCUCUGGGAUGGGGCACCUCCCCGCAUUUCCGCUGUACCAGCCUCCUGGUGGUUCCCAAGUUCAUGGGCAAAGAGGGACGGCUCUAUGUGCUCACCUACGUGCUGGCCAGCAUCUACGAUGGCCCCGUGUCCAACAUCCGGCACAACCUGGGCGAAGUGGUACGGUCCAUCAGCUGCACCGUGGAGCUGCAGAUCGAAAACGCCAAGCGCUCCUGGAAGGUGUCAAUAAGCCCCCUGCGCAAGGUCCUGACGGACAUGGUGGUGAGUCUGGAGACCCUGAGGAGCGAAACCCAACAAGUAGCGCGUUCCUUCUCAGCCCUGAAUGAGCAAGUGGCCAGUGAAUCGGGCUACAAUGUGCGCUCCGUGAGGGAGGAGAAUAAGAAACACACGCCUUCUACUCAGGAACUCUACGAGAAGAAAACUCAGAUGCGCUGCUCAUACAUCAUCGACCAGUCCAUCAAGCGCUGCCAGGCCUGGUUCGAGGCCAAGUACCAUGCCUGCUUGAAGAAGAUUGCGGUGCCCGUCAUCAGCCACCUGCUCUGCAUCCCCAUGAAGUUCAGCUUCCUCUGCCACCUCGCCAAGAUUAUGAACGCUUGGUGCCGCGACAAGAUUCCCGUGGACGGGAACUUUGGCCAGACCUACGACCGCGUCAACGGCUCCGUCGAGAACUUAAACCAAGACUUCUCUGCUGACUUGGUAGUCAAGGAAGAACACCAAGCAAUGCUUGUGGGUGCAAACAUCUCUCACCAACACUUGGUGGAUGAGGUCAACGAACAGGUGGCUCUGCAUGGCAGCCGUAUCAGCACUUCCAUGUCCGUGCUCCGCGUCUUGCUCUCCUGCACCUUCAUCAUCAUUUUUGCCUCGGCACAGUCCUACACAAACAGUUUCAACCAAGAUGUCCGCUUCGACAACAUCUACAUCACCCGCUAUUUCCGGCAGAUCGAUGCCCGGCGUCGGAAGCAGAAGAAACGGACUCUCCUUCCUUUGCGCCGUGCCGAGCUUCCUAGCUAUAUCGAUCCUUACCAUCUCAUGUUCCAGCCGGCUGAGACCAAGAACCUGAUGUCGGAGCUGCUGGGCUGCCUGCCAACUCUGAUCUUCCUGCUCCUGGCUUUCUGCCUCGACUACUUGCUGUACAACAUAUUCAGCGCCAUCCGACACCAUUCCUUUGUGGAGUACUCUUUCCGCAGCAGCCACCACUUGGAAGUGAACAUCGGCGGGGACACGAUGAUGGCGCGACUCCUCCGUAGCACCAUCGGGGCCCUGAAUACUUCCUCGGAGAUGGCGAUGGAGGCCACCAACGUGCAGUGUUUGCCCGAACCUCGAGGGAUGUCCCGAGUACAGUACCAGGCCUGUAGCAUCCCGAUGGUUGCCUUGUUCCUGCUGUGUAUCACCCAGGUGUACGUCUACCGCCUCCGGAGGGUCAUCGCCACCUUCUAUUUCCCCAAGCGGGAGAAGAAGCGCGUCCUCUUCCUCUACAAUGAGAUGCUGCGGCAGCGGGUGGCCUUCAUCACGGUGCAGCGGAAACGCAUCAUCCAGAGAGCCCGGCGGCACAAAAGACUGCAAAAGCCCUUGCUGGACCAGCUGGGCCAUUGGUUCCCGUUCCUGCAGCGUUUCCUCCGCCGGCGUUGCAUUCUCUGCGGCUUGCCCGAAACCCGCAACUCGGUCCUCUGUGCGGGCCCCGACUGCGGCACUGUCUACUGCCGGCUGUGCUGGAAAGACAUGGGCGAGGUCUGCUUUGCGUGUUGCCAGGACGACGUGGUCUCCAGCGACAGCACCAGCGAGGGGGAGACGGGCUAUGCCGACUGA